GCAUUCUCAUUGAGACACACAUUAUCCAUCGAGAAGAUGUCUAGAAUAUACCUGCUGGUGACAACUUGCUUCACUUUAAUGUUGCUCCCAUCAACACUAGGGGCACCGUUUUUUUGGUUCCCACUCUGGUAUCCAACGGCCAGCAGCGGCACCAGUUCAAGCAGCGGUGCUGUUUCAAGCAGCACUAGCUCGACUAACACGCCAAGAUCUCCAGUAAAUGCAUCAAUUUCCCUCGGAAACCGAUUGAACACGAGCGCAGUGGAGGAUUUAGGAACCGUGAUCGAUGGAUUGACCAUAGCCCGCAGUAAACGUUUCGUGCCACUGCUCCCACCGAGUUGGCCAGGGUUUUCUCUAUUCCAAAACAUAUCUGGAAUAUUUAACCGACAAAAGCGUUCCUCAGAAGCGAUUCCAUCAACAGUCAAUGAAUCAGUGAUUAAAAUUGGUCACCAAAUUAUUAAACUACCUCCUGGAGGCAUAUCUAAUUUGACCAUCCAUAUCAUCGACGGAGGGUCCUAUCCGCCAUUGCAAAACGUUCCAAUUCAAACCGGAACUAACGACACUUGGAUACCAUUUAUAGAAAGAAUUAAGGAUGUUUUUGAUAAUUUAUUUGUUUAAUUGAAAAUUUGUAACAAAAAAAAUGAGUUCAAUUACUUCCCAUCCUAUAUGAGUGUGUGCGUUGUCAUGACUGAUGACAACAACAAAUGUGGCUAUUUUCGGCGAACUUCUCGAGCGAAACUUGAACUACAACUACUACCGCAACCGUGUGAUGAGAGAGCAAAAUAAAUAUUUCGGGAUGAUUGUGUCCGCAACAGCAGAAA